AAAAUUAACCUUCGAGCAGAAUUCUGGGUGUCCUUUUCCUCCGAGGCGAUCAAAUCCUGUCUGGAGGAAGCUGAAGCCACAGAGCUGAAGAUAAACACCCCCAGAGAGAAAUAUUGGCCCACACGAGGCUCCGUCAUGUACUUCGUCAUCGCCAGUCUUUCUGAGAUCGACCCCAUGUACCAGUUCUCCCUUAAGUAUUUCAAACAGCUGUUCAACAGCACUAUCGAGACGUCAGAAAAGCACAGCGAGCUCAGUGUGCGCUUACAGACGUUGCUGGAUUCCACGCUGUUCAGCGCGUACACCAGCGUCUCCCGAGGCCUCUUCGAGCAACACAAGACCACCUACAGCUUUAUGCUGUGUGUGGAGAUCAUGAUGCAGAGGGAGGAAAUCUUACCACAAGAGUGGUUCUACUUCCUGCGAGGGGCAGGGGGCAUGGAUAAGGUGACUAACGAGCCGCUGAAGGGCCUCCGUGCGAACGUACAACGAGCUUUCACAGGAAUCAGCAGCACGUUCUUCGAGGAACACACCCUGGGCAGGAAGUGGAGGAAGGUCAUCUAUGAUUGUGUUUCUUCCAUGCCAUCAUACAGAUUUACACACAGUGUCUUUAAACACCUGCUGCUUUCAGGUCGUCCUGCAACUCUUUUCAGCUGA